UUUCUAUUUUUCAAGUUUAUUUGUGGUAAUUUUUUUUGUGCAUCUGGUAUUUUAUGAAAAACAUUAGCAAGAUGACUGAAAAAAUGGAGGAGGGUGAAGUCAUGGUGAUUGACGAACUCGAGAUAAAAGAAAUGACGGAUAGCCAGCAGCAAUUUUGCUUGCGUUGGAACAACUUUCAAGCAAAUAUAACAAGUCAGUUUGAGGCAUUACGAGAUGACGAGGAUUUUGUGGAUGUUACAUUUGCCUGUGAUGGAAGAAGACUUCAGGCACACAAGGUCGUACUUUCGGCCUGUAGCCCAUACUUCAAGGAGUUGUUCAAGACAAAUCCAUGUAAACAUCCGAUAAUAUUUAUGCGUGAUGUUGAAUUUGAACAUCUUCAGUCAUUGCUAGAAUUCAUGUAUGCAGGUGAAGUCAAUAUAUCACAAGCUGAAUUAUCAAUAUUUUUACGUACUGCUGAAUCAUUACAAAUUCGUGGAUUAACGGAUUCACAAAAUAAUCAACAAAACAAUGAAAAGAAUGUAAAAACAAACAAUAUUCAUCCUCCAAAUGGACGUGGUUUAUCACCGACAUUUGAUGAUGAACGUAGUAAAAGUCCACCAGCAUCAUCAAGUCCACCACCAUUGAAAAGGCUGUGUAAAAAAAGUGAUUCACCUAAAAAUUCUAGUCCAGUACCAGUAACAGUACCAUCUACAACAAAUACACCACGUAAUCGUCUUGUAACUGAGCCGCAAGUACAGCUUGAUUACAAGGAUGUCGACAUUGUUGAGCCAAAAGUUGAGCUACCUGAGUAUGGAAGUGAUGAAGAUUAUUCUCCAAAGCAAGAAUUAAAUCCAAUUGCUCGAGGAUUUUUGAGUUUGGAUGGAGGUAUGGAGGUUCUUCCAGCUUAUCAAUCGUCCUAUCAAAGCAGUGCAGUUGAAGGUGGAAUACCUGGACCAUCACAUGGCAAUACUGAACCAAGCCAAGAACAAGGACGAAGAGUUAGACGUGGAAGGCCACGUCUUGGUAACAAGGGUGUUAGACAUCUUGGACAUGGUGGUUCACCCUCAAACAAUGAAUGGAUUUCAGGACCACUUGACAUGAGCACAACACCACCAUCAAUGCCAGCUUUUCGUGGUUUUGAAGAUUCAUCAUCUGAAGGAAUUGUACAUUUGGGUGAAGGUAUACAAGUAUGUGAGGAACAACUGAGAGCAGUAAAAUGGAGUGACUAUCGUAAAUUAACUCGUGGCCUUGCAGCAAUACUAUUUAGUCCAACAGAGCUUGCAACAUGUUCUGUAACAGGUCAACGAUGGAGUCGUGCUGGUACAGCAACUGAAAGACCUGUCAAACCAGCACUUGAUCGUGCCAAAGUUCAAGCAAUCAUAUCUUAUGUUACGUCGCGGUUUCCAGCAGUGGAUGUCAGUAGUGUUAAACAAGUUUUGGCUUACAAAUGCAAAGAAAAUUCAACGGCCCUUAAGAUGAAGUCAAUACGAUAUAUUUGUGAGAGACCGGAUACGGAUAUGUCACCACGUGGUGAGUCUGAGGAUAAGUGAGUGACGGCAUGGGGUGCUCGAAGGGUGCAGCCCAUCACCCUCAUGUUACGCCGUUUCUUUCUGCACCCUCAGCACCAUUAUCGACGUUGGUGCACAAGCCCUAGGGUGGCACAUAGAAAUUAUCGUCAUCAAUACCAUCAUCGUCAUCAACAACGUUAUUACACGACUUUGCACAUUGGCCUUGUGUUCAGGAACGUAAAUAAAAAAUUAUAUCUUUAAAUAAUAAUAAUAAUAAUAAUGAUAAUAAUAAUAGUAAUAUUUUAAAACAAAAAAAAUAUUAUUAUUAAAAAAAAAAAAAACAAAUAAAACCAAAAUGAAAUAUUUCAUACUUUCAACAACCAACAGAUAAUAUUUUUCACAAAAUGAAAAAUAUAUAAUUAAUCAUUUAAAUUUAAAUGAUUUUUUUUUUUUUUCCAUAAUAUCAGGUUAAUUAAAUCCCCCGCAUCUAGCUGUACUAUAUUUCGUUUUUCAUAACAAAAAAGAGUAAAAUAAUGAAAAAGAAAAAAAGAAAUUGUUUGAAUAGAAAAAAAAGUAGUAACAAAAAAGAUGAAAAAGAGAGAAACAAAAUAAAGUGGUUAAAGUGAAUAAAAAUCGAGGGAUUAUAAUUCUUCAAGGUACAUAAGAAAUAGCGAAGGAAAAAUAUUUUUUAUUUUAUUUUCUUUCUCAAUUAGUCGAAGAAAAAAAAAAUAAAAGUUUCGAAAAAACUUUAUUUUUCUCUCGUGGUUUAAAUUAUUAUGCAAAUUUUUUUUUGUUAUUUAUUUCAAUUUUAAUAAUUAAAAGUAUUUAUUGACAGUUCUAUUGAACAAUGUUUACUUAAAUUUAUUGCUGAUAUAAUUGUUAUAAAUUUAAAAAAUGAAAAAAUAUAAAAAUUUAUGAAUUACAUAUAUUUUAUUGAGUUAUAGUUUGAAUCUUUUAUAAAAAUCGUUGUUGAAAGUAUUGAAAGAAAAAUAAUAAAUUUUGCAAUAUUAAAUAAAAAUUUUAAAAAAUAAUAAAUAUUAUAAAAAUCAUGGUGACGGGGAUAGGGCUAGAGGGAGUUUAAAAACAAUUUUUUUUAAUUUUUUUUUUUUUUUGUCCUCGGGUGUUGAUUGAAGACCGUGGGACCAGAGGAACGCGCGUAGAUAAGAGGCUGUGAAAAAAAAAUAACACACACAAACACAUACAUAAAUACACUUACACACGAUUAGAAAAAAAAAAUAUAAAUAAAUGAAAAAAAAAAUAAAAAAAAACGCAAGAAAAAAUAACUCUGAAGAGAAAAAGAUUAAGUAGGAAAAAAAAAAUUCAUACCACCGCGAUCGAGACAAAACAUAAACAAUAAAAAUUUAUAAAAAAAAAAAUAUUCAAAAAUUGAACUUAAGAGAGUUAAAUUCUUUUACGAUAUAAUAAUAUUAUAAAAGAAAAAAAUUUCAAGUCCAAAGGGUGAGAAAUAAGUAGCUACAAAAUAGGGGUUGGAAAAAAAAAUAACAAGAAAUUGAAUUAUCGAUUGUUAUGUGACCUUUUCCAACAAUUUUUUUGUGAUAAAUUGUCUCACUGUUUGCCCACUUAAAAUCCAACAUAGCCAUGAAAAAAUAAACCUUUAAAAAUUGCCUAAAAAAAUUGAAAAAAAAAUAUAUAUAAAAUGAUUAAAAAAACAUGUUAAACACUGAACCAUAAUUAAACAUUUCUAAUCGAUAAAAAAAUUACUCGUUCGCGUGGAGAAAUUGGCUUGGCUGUGAGCGCAAAUAAAAUUUGAAAAAAAAAAUACAAAAAAUGUCGAGUGACUAAAAAAAAAAAAAUCAAGGGUCUUGCAAUGGCGUAAAAAAAAAAACUAAAAAAAGAAAAAACCCAAAAAAAAAAAAGUCUAAUAAAUAAAUAAAUAAAUAAGGAAAAAAAAAAAGAAAAUUUAAUAAUAAUAAAUAGGACGAAAAGGGUCAGGAAGAAGUUAUACAGUAACAUGCAAAAAAAAAAAAAAAAAAAAAAGAAAAGUAGAUGUAGGAUUGGCCACCAGUCUUUCCGGGAUACAAGGGUAGGUUUCACAUAUAGAUACGCCUAAAAAAAAUAAAUAUAUAUAUAAAUAAAUAAAAAAAAUAUAUAAAAAAAAAUAUAUAUAAAAUUAUAUAAAUAAAAAAUAGUAGAAAAUAAUAAAAUAAUAACAAAGAUUAAUAAAGAAACGUGAUCGUGAAGUCUUAAGAUCGUGGGAUUUUAAAAAUAUUUAUUUAUUAAAUCAACGAAUAAAUAAUUUGUUGAUUGUUAAUAAAUAAAUUGAGUCAUCGAUUAAAUAUAAUAUAUUAAAAAUAUAUAAAAAAAUUAAUUAUUAAAUGAGUUUAUUAAUUUUAUUGAUUAAUAUUUAAUUAUAAAAUAAUAGAUGAUGAUUAUAAUAUUUGUUGAAUUAUCAUAUGUUAUUAUAAUACACUUGAUGAUAUUUAAUAAUAUAUUUAGUGUAUUUAUUUGUUGAUUUUUUUUUAUUUUUAAUUUUUUUCUUAUUGACAUGUUUAUUUUUAUUUUUUUCUGCUAUCGAGGCAUCUGGCGUUAUUGGUUUUCAUAAAAUUGUAGAUAAAAUUUUUUUAAAACAAUGGCUUAGUUUAUCUUUGAAGAUAAAUUGUUUUUUUUAUUUUUGUAUUGGCUUUGUAAAUUUUCUUUGAGAAAAAAUAGGGGUAUGAUUUGCAUUCAACGUUUUUUUUAACUGUAAAAAAAAAUUGGAUAUACGUUUGUCCGAACAAAGCUGUGAUUCGAUUGGUAAAAGAAAAUGAAUAAACAAAAAAAAAAAUUCGAGUUGAUCGCAUGAAUAUUCAGGAAAGAAAAGAGUUUCAAAAGCAAAAUGGAUUUCACAAUGUUUGUCCAUCGGAAUCGAAUCUGAAACUAAAUUAUUUCAUUUUUUUUUUAUUAUUUAUUAUUAAACUUAAAAUCCGAGAAUAGUUUUAUUUUUUGACUUUAAUAUUCACAAAGUUUUAAAUUGCCAUUUUGUUUAAUCAAAUAUUCAAGAAAAUUAAUAUCUAUUAUCCAAGAUUUUUCUUGAAAAUUAAAUUUCUUUUUUUUAUUAAAAAAGUUUCAAGAUUUUGGAUAAUUAAUUUACUUUUUCAAAUCAAUUUAUAUUUUAUUUAUAUAUUUUUUUUCGUUAUUCUUGAUUUUACAUCAAUUUAUUUUGGGUUUUUUAAAUUUUAUUUUUCUUUAAAGAAUCAGUGCAUCAAUUAAAUAAAUAAUCGUAAAAAUAUAAAAAGAAAAUCAAGCCAACUAAAUGACCUCGAUCGUAUUGAAAAGAAAAAAAAAUAUCAUGAAUCAAUAUCUCGUGUUUCAAAAUUAAUAAAAAUAGUUAACAAUAAUUAUUAUUUUUUGAGCUAAAGGUAUUUGUGAUUGACCGUGGUUUUUGAAAAUGCGAAAACCACUAGAAAAAAGAAAUAUAUAUAUAUAUACCAAGCGCCUAACCAUGAAUUAAUUUAUACAUAAACAUAAAAUGAAUAAUUGAUUGUUUAACUUAGACACAUGAGUGAGGUGUAGAAAAAGAAAAAAAAAAAUUAUAUAAUUAACUAAUAAUAAAUAAUAAAAGAACAAAAAAUAAUGAUAGAAAAAAUAAAUAAAUAAAAAAACAACACAGAGAUGACUGUGAUCCUCAAGAUAAUUGAUAAACAAUAUUAAUAAAUUUAUAAAAAAAUUAUUACUUGUCAAUAUUCUUGAGACUCUCUAGCCGAAAAGAAAAAAAAAUAAUAUACUUACAAAUAUGAAAUAUAUAUAUACUAUAAUAAUAAUUUACAAAUACCAAAAUAGUUUACCAACGAAGCAAAUCAAGCAAAGAGAAUAAAUAGAAAAACAUAUACAAAAAAUAAUGAUAAAAAAAAAAAGGGAAAGAAAAAAUAUUAAAAAAACUUAAAAAAAAACGAAAAAAAUGAAAAAAAAAAACAUAGGAAAAAUUAAUAAUGAGUGCAUGGAAGUGUUUAUUUGUGUGAAUUAGAUUUUAGUUAAGGUGAUAACGGGGUAAUUUACACACGAAACGAAAUAUAAUCAUCGAAAAUAAUUAUAAUUAAAAUUACAAAAAAAAAAGAUUUGUCAUUUAAACGGAAAUAAAUUUUUUUUUUGAUUCGUAAAUGAAAUUUCACUUGACACGAUAACAUAUAUACUCCAUGCCUUAUAAUUAGCUGAUAAUUAAAUCACCCAUGUGAAUUUUUUAAGUAGAAAAAUUGCCUAGUUUUCAGUUAAUAUGAAUUUUAUUAAAAUUAAAUAAAUUCAUGUAAAUUAAAUUAAUAAAAAAUCACAAUUUUCUUGUUUUUAAAAUUAUAAAUAUUUUAAUUUUCAAUGAUAAAAUAGCAAUAAUAUAUUAAUUUUCAUUUUGAUUUUUUCCAUAAAAUCGUAUAAAUUUGAUUUAAUUUCAUGUUUAACUGAAAACUUGUCGGUAAUGUUAUGAAAAAAAAAUGUUUUUUGUUUGAAAUAAAUUAAUUAAAAAUAGCCUAAAUAAAGUCCAGUUCUUCAAUCAUCAUCAAAAAAAAAACUCAUUAUUUCUUUAUAGAAAAAAUUGGAUAAUAAAAUUUCUCAAAAUACUCGAUGAAUAUAUAUUUUAAAAAAAUUUAUAUACCAACAUUGAGUUACUCUAAAUUUGAAUAAAAAUUAAAUUUCAAAAAUUAAAUUAAUCAAUAAAUAAUGAAAAUAUUAAUUUUAUAGAAAAAAAAAUUGUUUAAAUAUUUUAUGAUGAUUGCAGAUUAUUCUGGCACUGAUGAAUAAAAAUAAAAAAAAAACCCCGUAGAAAUUAAGUAGUCAAUGCGUAUUUGUAAUUUUAGAUAAAAUGGAAAUUUAAAGAAAAUAUAUAUAUAUAAAUAAUAAUAAUAAUAAUAAUAACAAUAAUAAUAAGAUUUAUUAAAUUUUUAUUUAAAAAAAAAAAUAUUAAAUCGAUAAAGAAAAAUAAACAAAACUGUACACUUGCAGGCAAAAUAAAAUGAAAAUUAAUUUACAUAUUAAACAAUCGAGGAAAAAGGGAAUGAGAGUCAAAUUUAUAAUAGAAAAUUUUUCUAGCCAUUGUUUAUGAUGAAAACGAAAAAAAAAAAUUAACAAAAAAUAAUAACAAUUUUAUUUUUCUGUAGCAUUAUUAUUAUUUUAUUAUUAUUAUAAUUAUUUAAAUUUUAAUAAAUCGAUGUUAAUCCUUACCUCGGUCUCGACCAAGUCAUUAUUGCGAUGAACAAUAAUUAUUCAUGAAAAAAAAAAUAACAAAUGUUUUUUCCAUAUGAAAAUUAAUGUUACGUAUAUUUAUAGUCGUUGAUAGACAAUCCAAUAAUUAAAAUUGGAUUGCGACAGUGAUAACAGAAUAGCAGUGUGAUAGUUACCGAAAGAUAGAGAAAAAAUAUGCAAAAAAAAACGUGAUAAUAAUAGUGUUUUAUUAUUAUAUUAAUAUAUUAAUUAUUAAUGAUAUUUAAUAUUCUUUUUCUUCUUCUUCUUUUAAAGAUAGUAGGAUUUCGUCGAGACCUUGAUAUUAUUUUUUUGUUUAUUUUUAAUUUACGAGGUUUUUUUUUUUUGUUAUUGGAUAAUUGUAAUUAUUUUUUUUCUUUUCUCUUUUCAUCAACCUGUUUUCCUUUUCAAAUUUAAUUCCAUCAUGUUUUACAUUAAUUAUAUGUAUACUCAAAUUAUUAUUAUUGUUAUUAUAUAAAUAUUAAUUUAUAUCGAUGGAAAAUAAUAUAUUUUAUGUUUAUUUUUAAUAAAUCUAUUUUUUGUUCUCGUCAAUUUUUAUUAUUAUUGUUUUUAUUAUUUUAUUUUUUAUUUUAUUUUUGCAGGACACAAUUGCUUAUUGAAAAAUUCUAUUUCCUUGUAAUUUUUUUUUUUUUUUCUUUUUUUUUCUAAUGCUCAGGGAAAUAUCUGAUUGUGGAAAUCAAUUUUUAUUUUUUUUUUUAUAUAUAUUUUGUUUUAUUGAAAAAAAUUAUUUUAAUUAAUUUUGAAUUAGCUGAUUCUUUUUUUUUUUUAUUGUAUUUUAUUAUUGUCGUUCUAUUGAGAAAAUGUCAAAUGGAUUUUUAUUUCAGUUAAAAUCAUGCAGCUGGAAAAAAUUGAUAACAGAAAUUAUAAAAAUUGUUGAAUGAAACAAGUUUAUAGUUGCCGGAUAAUUAAAAGUUUGUGAUGUAUUAUAUUUCAUGAGGAAAAUACUGAAUUUAAUAAAAAAAAUAAUAGUAUUGAUAAAAAAACAUCACCAAUUAUUGAUAAAGAAAAAAAUAAAGAAGGCCAAAGAAAAAUAAAAACUCAACCUUGGUCGAAACGGAAAUAUUAAAAUUUGAAUCGAACAAUAUUCAUAGAUCAACAACUUUUUCUAUUAUUAAAUUAUCAAAAUAUUAAAAAGAUUAUUUGAAAAACCCAAUUCAAACAAAAAAUAAUUGUACAUUACAUAUUAACUAAAAAAAAAAGACAACAAGUUUAAUUGACUUACUUAGUUUCUUUUUUUUUUUACAAGAAAUUUUGAGAACUUUUGUUUAUUUUGGCUAAAUAAUAAAACUACCAAGUUGUAUUAUUUGAAAAUAAAAUACAACAAUGUAAAUAAAUUCAUAUUGUUCAGACAUAGAACAAUAUGAGUUUAUGUUUAUUGUUUACUUUUAAUUCUAAUAUUUGUGCUUCAAAAAAUUAUCGAGUUUAGAGUUAAACGAGUUAUUUAAUCAUGAUUUAUGAAUUAUUAUGAAGAAAGCCAAGCUUAUGGGUAAAAGACAUAAAAUUUUGCUGAACAAAAGCUUGUAUUACGUUAUGCUAGGUCAAUAAACGUAAAUUUUCCUUUGAAAUUAUUCCACACUCAUUAUCCAGCCAUUUAUGAUGCAAAACAGUAUUUCUCAAAGUACACAACAAUUUUCGACAAAAAAAAAAUAAAUAUUAUUUUUUUUCACUGUUAUUUUACACAGUAUAUUUAUUAACAAUUAUGAUAGAUAAAAACAUGUAAAAUUUGCAUAUUAAAACAUCGAAUUACCGAGGAAAAAAUUCAUACUCACUGAGUGUAUUUUUUAUUUUACGGUAAAAAAAAAUAUUGAAUACUUGAAAUAUCUUUAUGAAAAAAAUUAAUAAAAAAAAUAUAACAUUACAAGCAAUAUAUUUUACAGCUUUUGAUAUUUUAAUUUGUAAAAAAUAUAAGCACUGGUUAUAAUUAAAAAAUAUAAACACAAAUACCGAGAUGGAUCAUCAAUCUUGACAGUCAAGUGUUUUCAAAUUUAAUGAGAAAACGAGGAUAAAAACAAACAAUUUAAUAAAAAAAAAAAAAAUAAUGAGAAAAAAAAAUCCAUAUAGAGCAAAGGUUGAAUCGAUUUCUACGAUUGGACAAUUCAUCAGAUAUGUCGAGAGUUUAUCACUUAGCUAUUUCAGUAAAAAAAAUCAACAAAAAAUUCACUAUCAACAGAGUUGUGUGUUAAAUUAAGUCAAAAAAAAAAAACUCAAUUAAUUAAAAAAUUACUAAAAUUAAAAAAAAAAAAAAACUAACUGUUGGUUUUUGUUUCUAAAAGUUAAUUAAACAAUUAUUCAUUUCUUUCGAUUGAAAUAUUUAUAAAAGAAAGAAAAUAAAAAUUUAAUAAAACAUGAUUUAUUAUUUUGAAAAAAAAUUAUAACAAUGUUGUUUUUUGCAAUAAUAAAUAAAAAUAAUUUUAAAUUUGUCAAAUUUUAUAUUCACAUAUAAAAUGCAAUUUUAAAUUGGGUUUCCGUUUCUAUAUAAAUCCAUUUGAUUUGUAAAAUAAAAAAAAUAUAUAUUUUAUAAUAAAAGCUUCUCGUCUUGUGUAUGAAAAUCGAAAAAUCGAAAAAUGAAAAAUAAUAAAAAAAAUCGAUUUCCGUUGUUUUAUUUAUUUAUUUUUUUUGACAGUGAAUAUCAAUGGGAAGUUGGAGGGUUGUUAGGGGAAGAUAAGGGGAAGAUAAGGGGUAGAGGUAAAUUGCAACACGACAAGUAGAAAAGAAAAAAAAAAUAUACAAGUAAAUCUGAGUUUGAAUUUUCCAUUAGAAUAUUGCUUUAAAAUACAAUUGAGACAAUAACGUGUUAAAUAAAUUGCUAGAUGGCUCUCCCACACAAACAUGAUACAAAAAAAAAAUACCCGACAAUUUUAUAAUCUCAAAAAAUAUUUUAUUUUGCUGCAAUAUUCUAAUGGGAAAAAUGUUUACUCGUCGUGAAUGAAUAACUUUCAUUUCCUUUUUCCAAUUUUACGAAUAAAAAAAAUUUUAAAACGCAAAAUAUAUAACGAGUUUUAUAUGAUUAAUUUUUUUACUCGAAAAUUGCAGAUACAGUUUUGUUGAGAUAUAUAUUAACAAAAAUUUUAAAAA